CGCGUGUUUUCGUGUGUUUCCGUAAUUGCACUAAAAUUACCCAACUGUUUACCAUAACCUCAAAAAUUAUUCUUUAAUGUUUGUUUACAACCAAAAUAGAUGAGUUGAUUGAUAGUAAAAUUUGCAUUAAAAAAAUUUAUCAAAAUGUUUUAUCACAUAUCUCUAGAACACGAAAUUUUACUCCACCCUCGUUACUUUGGGCCCCAACUUCUCGAUACAGUUAAGCAAAAAUUGUACACAGAAGUUGAAGGCACGUGUACUGGAAAAUACGGUUUCGUCGUAGCUGUCACGACCAUCGAUAGUAUCGGAGCAGGUAUCAUUCAACCUGGCCAAGGUUUCGUCGUGUACCCAGUUAAAUACAAAGCCAUCGUCUUCAGACCAUUCAAAGGAGAAGUACUAGAUGCUGUCGUGACUCAAGUUAACAAAGUCGGAAUGUUCGCUGAAAUCGGACCUCUGUCGUGUUUUAUUUCCCAUCAUUCCAUCCCAACUGAUAUGCAGUUUUGUCCUAACGUAAGUCCCCCAUGUUAUAAAUCAAAAGAAGAAGACGUAGUCAUUCAAGCUGAUGAUGAAAUACGAUUGAAGAUAGUCGGUACUCGUGUUGAUGCCACAGGAAUUAGACAACCAAAGUAUCAAAAGGACGUUCUCAGUCACUAAAUUAAAUAAUUAUAUAAAAAAAUUUAUCUGCUAUUGAAAAUACUUUGACCCGUCUUGAAGCAGAUGUGGAUAUCGGAGAUGACUUGAUUCCGUCCCAUGAAAUAAAAAUUGAAAAUCCUUCUGAUUCCGAGUCCUCAGAGCCUUCAGAACCUUCGGGGUCUUCAGAGUCUUCAGAAUCAUCAGAAUCUGAAUAAUAAUAGAAAUAUAAAUUAUUGAAGAAUGCAAUUAUUUUUUUACAAUAUAAAUUUAAAAAAUAUUUUAUAACUACGAUUUAUUUAUAAUUAUAAAAAAAGUGUCCUUUUAAAAAAAUUAUCACUACCAUUUUUUUCACC